UCACACACACACACACACACGCUGGCGUACACACAGCUGCACUUGACAAUCUGCUGCAGGCUUGCCAGCCGGCUGGCCACUGAUUCAGAACUGUGAAACAGCAACACGAGUCUGUAAGAGAAAGAAGCUGAAGAACCCUGAAGGAAGGACUUUGGUUGAAGAGCAUGGAAUAAUCCUUGAGGAGCACCUGCCACUGGCUCAAUGAUUGGGUGAUAUGGAUCCAAGGCCUGGAAGUAACUGAAGAGGUCCAACUAAAACUUCUUCAAGCACUGUCUAUGGGUAUGGAAUGACCUAUUGCACUUUCCACAGCCUGUCCGAACUCUCUCACCACCCAUGAAACGGUUUAGCAGCCUGAGAGGGACCAAAAAACGCAAGGACCAAGAGGGGCGGAAAGGCAGACGGCAGUCAGAGCCCCACGGCCUCCUGGGAACCACUUCUGGUAUCUCCUCAUCACCCACCACUCCAACACAACUGACCAAGCAGACUUCGGCAUAUCUUCUGGAAGGCAGUCGGCAUGACACAGUGCACCGUUCCUCCUCCUCCCCCCUCGACACAGGACAGCACCACAGCCCGCCUGCCGCAAAACCACCGCCCUGUCUCUGCUCGGCACCUCUAUCUACCUCACGUGUGGUCCACGGUUUAUCUGAAGACAUGCUGGAGAAACUCGAUCUCGAGGAUGAAGCUGUUGAACAAUCUGAGAGCGACAUUUACAUGCGGUUUAUGAAGUCACAUAAGUGCUAUGACAUCGUCCCUACCAGCUCCAAGCUCGUGGUCUUUGACACAACACUGCAGGUAAAAAAGGCCUUUUUUGCCUUGGUGGCCAAUGGGGUGCGAGCCGCCCCUCUCUGGGAGACCAAGAAACAGAGUUUUGUGGGCAUGCUAACCAUCACAGAUUUCAUCAACAUACUUCACAGAUACUACAAAUCACCCAUGGUACAAAUCUAUGAGCUUGAGGAGCAUAAAAUUGAGACGUGGAGAGAGCUCUAUCUACAAGAAACAUUCAAGCCUUUAGUGAACAUAUCACCAGAUGCAAGCAUAUUUGAUGCUGUGUAUUCACUGAUCAAAAACAAGAUCCACCGGUUACCUGUCAUUGACCCUGUCAGUGGAAAUGCACUUUACAUUUUGACGCACAAAAGGAUCCUGAAAUUUCUUCAGCUGUUUGUGUGUGAAAUGCCAAAGCCCGCCUUUAUGAAGCAGACACUGGAGGAGCUGAGCAUCGGGACCUACAGCAACAUCGCCUUCAUCCACCCCAACACGCCAAUCAUCAAAGCACUCAGUAUCUUUGUGGAGAGGAGAGUGUCAGCACUGCCUGUGGUGGAUGAGUCAGGAAAAGUUGUAGAUAUUUAUUCCAAAUUUGAUGUAAUUAAUCUUGCUGCUGAAAAGAUGUACAACAACCUUGACAUUAGUGUGACACAGGCGCUGAUGCACAGAUCACAGUACUUUGAAGGGGUCAUGAAGUGCAACAGAUUUGAGACACUGGAAACGAUAGUAGAUCGGAUAGUCAAGGCUGAGGUGCACAGACUGGUGGUGGUGGAUGAGAACGGCAGCAUCGUGGGCAUCGUCUCUCUGUCGGACAUCCUCCAGGCACUCGUUCUCAACCCCGCAGGUAUGUCCAGGAAGGAGAGCAAAGCGGAGACGGAGUGAUGCGUGCUGAGAUUGCUGGGUCAUGUGACGUUGCUGUCAGAGACUGAAGUAGACGCGGAGACCACAAAUUUGGGCCACAAAUGUCAGAAUGAAAGCGUGGAACCAGCGAACUUGACCUAGAUGUGUGCUGUUAGAGGACAAAAGAAGGGGUUUAUGGGUACACGGACUGCUUGAUUCGUCUGUUAUCUGAUUGAUACAUAGAUGGACGUAUUGGCCGCAUGGGGCAAUUAAGGUGAAUCAUCUCUUAUUCAGAAGGAUACUGUGAACUCUGCCUAUUAUAUCACACUAAGCUUCUGCACGCACACUAUGAUAACUAUACUUUUACCUAGUCCUAAAACUAUGCCAUCUGGUGUCUGAGUAGUGGUCUGCACACAGACUACGAAUUGUACCAUAAUCGCCUCUGUUGAAGGGGGGUGUCUGUGCGUUCGCAGGGCAUUCAGUAAUAAUCUCACUAUUCAGUGCAUGUUAUGACUGUUUGUUCCUCGUGAAUAUAUACGAUUUUCGGCUUGUGGCGUAUGAGCCCGGUUCACAUAUUUGUACUUUUGACUACUCCUCCUAAAUUUAGGAACUCGUUUAGUCUUUCUCCGCCACAGUCGCUUUGUAAAUGGAGACAGAAAUGGUUUCCUCUGUAUCGGUCUAUGGUGCCUUCUGUCCAGCAGUUAUAGCCCACUACUGGUUGCCAAUAGAACAAGAUUAACUGAAUGUUUAAAUAUAUCAAAGUGAAUGCUACAGUUGUUAAAAAAAAA